CAUAUUUCAAUUCUAGUUAUAAUAAUCUAUUUAAUUGUGAGAAAAAUUAAUGUAGACUAAUACGUUUAAAUUAUUUAAAAGGUUGAGAAAUUUAUAAAUUAAUCCAAAAUAUUAAAUAUAAUAAAAUAAUAGUUUCAUAUUUACUUAAGUUGAUUGAUCUAUUAGGUUUAAAAGACUUUUUUAAUGGCCUAACAAUUUUAGUUAAAUAUAAGCUUUUAAUUAUUAUUUUUAGUCUUUUCCAUUUUAAAACAAGUCUGGUAUGAGCUGGGUGUGACGUAAGCUAGACCUUGGGCCUUUGUGACUCCCCCCCUAAUCUUAUUCCCACCACUAAUUCUACCUCCACUUCCAACAUUAACACUACUAACAUAUACUAACAUUUUGUAAAAUAAUAAAUACACUAACAUGGUCAUAUUUGUUAUUUAAAAAAAGACAACAUAGGUGUUCCACUCCAUAACGUACAAUGGGACCUUCCCGGCCACCCAAACAAACACUUAUUGCUGUUCAACCUUCCCAUCAACCAUGUUGGCUUAAUUAUAGUUUCGAUCCCCCUAUUUUCAUUAUUUUGCGAAAAUAGUUCUCUUAUUUUAGAAUUUGAUAGUUUUGAUCUUUCCUUCAAAUAUCUGGUCUAAAAAUAUUAGUUCUCAUUUGAAUUACUUUCAUUAUAUAAUUAUACUUUUACCCUACCCCCAAAACUUAAAAUUUAUAAUAAUGGCUCAACAAAUUUGAAGAAUGAGAAUUUUUAGUUACUCUAUCUAAACAUUGGCAAUUUAUAGUUCUGGUUUUACCUAUAUGCAUUCUGAUAGCCCUAGUAAGAUGUCUAAUAAACUAUUUUUCAUUUAGAAACGAUUUUAUUUUAGGUAUAGGAAGAUGGAUUGCCUUACUGAAUUGGGAAAAGAAGCUGUCACAAAAUUGGGACAAUUGGUUGUGGAGUUAUCCAUGAAGCAUUUUAAAUAUUUGACACAACACAAAAAAAUUACAAUCAAUCUGGAGGAGGAGCUCAAGAACUUAAAAAUGAUGAAACAAGCAUUGCAAACAAAGGUGGACAAUGAAAGAAGGAAGGGACAUGAAAUUGAACCCAUCGUGCAAAAAUGGCUAUCUGAUGUGACAAUUAUUGAAAAUGAGUGGCAAAAAUGGAUCUCUAAUGAAAAUAAUGUUAACAAGAAGAAGAAAUGUUUUGGUGGACAAUGUUCAGAUAUAGCAUUUAAUUACUCAUUGGGAAAGCAAGCAACUAAAAGGAUAGAAUAUAUUACAAGCCUGAAGGAGGAAAAAAACAAAUUUAAAGAUAUAUCUUACCCUAAAGCUUCAUUAACACUUGGAUCUACCUUCACAAAAGAUGUCAAGAGCCUAUUGUCUAGAGAAAAAAUUAUAACAGAGGUCAUAGAGAAGCUCAAGGAUGAUCAAGUCAAAAUGAUUAGCAUUUGUGGGAUGGGCGGAGUAGGAAAAACCACACUGGUGAAAGAAGUCAUCAAAACAAUAGAAAAAAACAAUCUAUUUGAUGAAGUUGUGAUGGCAGUGGUUUCUCAAGAUGUAAAUUAUGAGAAGAUCCAAAUUCAAAUUGCUGAUACUUUGGGCAUGGAAUUUAAAAAGGACAGCUUGCUAGGAAGAGCAAUGGAACUACUUGAGAGACUGAGUAAAGGUAAAAGAGUCUUAAUAGUUCUAGACGAUGUGUGGGAUAUUCUUGAUUUUGAGCGUAUUGGACUUCAAGAACGUGAUAAAUAUUGCAAAAUAUUGUUCACAUCACGGGAUCAAAAAGUGUGCCAAAAUAUGGGAUGCAGAGUGAAUUUUCAAGUCCCUGUAUUGUCGGAGGAUGAAGCUUGGAGCCUAUUUCAAGAAAUGGCAGGAGAUGUUGUAAACAAACAUGAUAUCAAUCCAAUAGCAAGAGAGGUUGCAAAGGCAUGUGGUGGCUUGCCCCUUGCAAUUGUGACAGUUGGAAGAGCACUAAGCAUUGAAGGGAAGUCUGCAUGGGAAGACACACUUAAACAAUUAAGAAAUUUUCAAUCAUCUUCCUCGUCAGAUGUUGAAAAAUUUGUCCACCCUCGCAUUGAGCUUAGUUUAAAGUUUUUGGGAAACAAAGAAUACAAGCUAUUCCUUAUGCUUUGUGGAUUGUUUCCUGAAGACUUUGAUAUUCCUAUUGAAUGUUUGUUGCAUCAUGCAGUGGGUUUGGGAAUGUUCAAACACAUUACUGCAUCAUGGGAAGCAAGAGACCAAGUGCAUACAUUGGUAGAUAAUCUAAAGAGAAAGUUUUUGUUGCUGGAAAGUAAUGUGCGAGGAUGUGUAAAGAUGCAUGAUAUUGUGCGAAAUGUUGUUAUAUCAUUUUUAUUUAAAAGUGAAGAACAUAAAUUUAUGGUGCAAUACAACUUUAAGAGUUUAAAAGAAGAGAAAUUGAAUGACAUCAAAGCAAUAUCACUUAUCUUGGAUGAUUCAAACAAGUUAGAAAGUGGCUUAGAGUGUCCGACACUUAAACUUUUUCAAGUAAGGUCAAAAAGCAAGGAACCAAUCUCUUGGCCCGAACUUUUCUUCCAAGGAAUGUGUGCUCUUAAAGUUUUAUCUAUGCAAAAUUUGUGCAUUCCUAAACUCUCGUCUCUAUCCCAAGCCCCAUUCAAUCUCCACACAUUGAAAGUAGAACAUUGUGAUGUUGGAGAUAUAUCUAUAAUUGGUAAGAAACUUUUACUUCUAGAAGUCCUAAGUUUGUCACAUUCCAAUGUUAAAGAACUCCCAAUUGAAAUAGGAGAUUUGGGCAGUCUAAGAUUAUUGGAUUUGACAGGUUGCAAUGAUCUGAAUUUCAUUUCUGAUAAUGUCUUGAUUAGACUGUUUCGGUUGGAAGAACUUUACUUUAGGAUGUACAAUUUUCCUUGGAAUAAAAAUGAAGUUGCGAUCAACGAGCUGAAAAAGAUAUCUCAUCAGCUAAAGGUUGUUGAGAUGAAAUUUAGAGGUACUGAAAUUUUACUCAAGGAUUUGGUCUUCAACAACUUACAGAAGUUUUGGGUUUAUGUGGAUCGAUACUCUAAUUUUCAAAGAUCUUCAUAUUUGGAGUCAAAUUUAUUGCAAGUUAGUUCUAUAGGUUAUCAAUAUAUAAAUAGCAUAUUGAUGAUCUCACAAGUGAUUAAGAAAUGUGAAAUCCUUGCAAUAAAAAAAGUGAAAGACUUGAAAAAUAUUAUAAGCCACUUAUUAAGUGAUUACUCAAUUCCAUACUUGAAAGAUUUAAGGGUUGUCUCAUGCCCUAAUUUGGAGUAUCUCAUAGAUUGCACUGUUCAUUGCAAUGGCUUCCCACAAAUUCAGUCAUUGUCUUUAAAAAAACUUGAGAAUUUCAAACAGAUAUGCUACUCCUCUGAUCACCAUGAAGUCAAAAGAUUGAUGAAUGAGUUCUCAUAUUUGGUGAAAAUGGAAUUAACAGGUCUCCCAAGCUUUAUUGGCUUUGACAAUGCAAUUGAAUUUAAUGAGCUCAAUGAAGAAUUUAGUGUUGGCAAAUUGUUUCCAUCUGAUUGGAUGAAAAAGUUUCCAAAGUUGGAAACAAUAUUAUUAAAAAAUUGCAUUUCCUUAAAUGUGGUGUUUGAUUUGAAUGGAGACUUGAAUUCUAGUGGGCAAGCAUUAGAUUUUCUGUUUCCUCAACUAACAAAAAUUGAGAUAUCCAACCUAAAAAAUCUAUCAUACGUGUGGGGCAUUGUUCCAAACCCUGUCCAAGGCUUUCAAAAUUUGAGAUUCCUGACAAUCUCAAAUUGCAAAUCUUUAACACAUGUAUUUACUUCUGUUAUUGUAAGAGCAGUCACAAAUCUUGAGAGAUUGGAAGUAAGUUCUUGUAAGUUGAUUGAGAAUAUAGUGACCUCAAAUAGAUGUGAAGAAGAGUAUGACAAUAAAGGACAUGUGAAAACUAUUGGUUUCAAUAAACUUUGUUAUUUAUCACUUUCAAGACUUCCAAAGCUUGUGAGUAUUUGUUCAGAAUUACUUUGGUUAGAAUAUCCAUCCUUGAAGCAAUUUGAUGUUGUGCAUUGUCCUAUGUUGGAGAUCUCUUUCUUACCAACACAUAUUGGUGCUAAACGAGACAACCUCGAUGUCACGUAUUCUGCAAACUCAAAAGAUGUUAGUUUUCACAGUUUAAAAGAAAACAAUUCAAGGUCUUCUAAUCGGUCUGUUAGCUGUAUUCCAUUUAUACCCAAAUUUAUUCAACAAGGAACCACAAGUAAGAGAAAUAGUAAGGAAGCAUUGGUCACACGAGCUACAAGAGAAAAGGGGGAAGACAUGAUACACUCUUUUCCUUUACUAGAAUCUCUUCACUUAAUAUAUCUGCCAAAUCUUGUGAGACUUUGCUCUUUUGGAACAUACGAAUCUUGGGAUAAACAACAAUUCAUGAAUGGUGGAUUUGUGGAAGAUCAUGUAAGCUCAAGAUGUCACCCACUCAUAGAUGAUGCCUUGUUUCCAAACUUAACUUCUUUGCUCAUAGAAACAUGUAACAAAGUCAACAUAUUGUUCUCUCAUUCAAUCAUGUGUAGUCUUGAGCAUCUUCAAAAGCUCGAAGUACGACAAUGUGAAAACAUGGAGGAAAUAAUAUCUAAUCAAGAAGAAAUAGAUGCAACUAAUAAUAAAAUUAUGCUCCCUGCAUUGCAACAUCUACUUCUUAAAAAGUUACCCAGCCUUAAGGCCUUUUUCCAAGGUCACCAUAAUCUUGAUUUUCCAUCAUUGGAAAAAGUGGAUAUUGAAGAUUGUCCCAAUAUGGAAUUGUUUUCAAGAGGUGAUUCUUAUACACCUAAUCUUGAGGAUCUCACCAUAAAGAUUGAAUCACUCAGCAGCAAUUAUAUGCAGAAGGAAGACAUAAACUCCGUAAUACGGGGGUUCAAAUCAUUUGUAGCGUCACAAGGAUUCGUGAUGUUGAACUGGACCAAACUACAUAAUGAAGGAUAUUUGAUUAAGAACUCUAAAACAAACAUCAAAGCAUUUCAUAAAUUGUCGGUGCUUGUGCCGUACAAUGAGAUACAAAUGCUUCAAAAUGUGAAGGAACUGACCGUAAGUAAUUGUGAUUCACUAAAUGAGGUGUUUGGAUCAGGAGGAGGAGCAGAUGCAAAAAAGAUAGAUCACAUUUCCACCACACACUAUCAGCUGCAAAAUAUGAAAUUGGAUAAUUUACCCAAACUGAGUUGCAUAUGGAAACACAAUAUUAUGGCGGUUGCAAGCUUCCAGAAGAUAACAAAUAUUGAUGUUUUACAUUGCCAUAAUUUGAAGAGUUUGCUUUCCCAUUCAAUGGCAAGAAGCCUUGUUCAACUUAAAAAACUAACAGUUGGUUAUUGUGACAUGAUGGAAGAGAUAAUUACAAAGGACGACCGGAAUAGUGAAGGACGAAACAAAGUCAAGAUUUUAUUUCCUAAAUUGGAGGAAUUGAUCCUUGGUCCCCUUCCUAACUUGGAAUGUGUUUGUUCGGGAGAUUAUGACUAUGAUGUCCCAAUGUGCGAUGUAGUAGAGGACAAAGAAAUCAAUAAUAAUAAGAUUCAGAUUUCAUUUCCAGAAUUAAAGAAGUUAAUAUUUUAUCAUGUGCCAAAGCUCAAGUGUUUUUGUUUGGGAGCGUACGACUACAAUAUCAUGACGUCGUCAACUGAAGAGUGUCCAAAUAUGGCAACAUUUCCCUAUGGAAAUGUUAUUGUAAGGGCACCCAACCUUCAUAUUGUUAUGUGGGACUGGAGUAAGAUUGUGCGUACUCUUGAAGACCUUAAUUUGACAAUAUAUUAUUUUCAAAAUUCAAAGAAAUACAAGGCAGAGAUCCAAAAAUUAGAGACAUUUAGAGAUAUCAAUGAAGAGCUUGUUGCCUACAUCAGAAGAGUAACAAAGAUCGACAUUAAAAAGUGUCACAAGCUGUUGAGUUGCAUCCCAGCGAACAAGAUGCACUUAUUCUCACAUAUGCAGAUUCUCAAUGUGCGAGAAUGUGGGGGCUUAGAAGAGAUAUUUGAAUCAAAUGAUAGAAGUAUGAAAUAUGAUGAAUUAUUGUCUAUAUACUUGUUUUCUCUGCCUAAACUGAAGCACAUUUGGAAAAAUCAUGUUCAGAUAUUAAGAUUUCAGGAAUUGAUGGAAAUAUACAUUGAAAAGUGUGAUGAACUGAGCUGUGUGUUCUGGGAUGUUUCCAUGACCACGAGCCUUCCAAAUUUACUAUACCUUUCAGUGUGUGAUUGCGGAAAAAUGCAGGAGAUAAUCGGGAAUAGUAGUAAUUCAAAUCCUAUUAAUUGUGUAAUAGAACAGCAACAGAGGGCUAAGAUCAUAUUCCCAAAAUUGUUUGAAAUUAGACUACAGAAGCUUCCCAACCUUAAAUGUUUCUCUCAGAGCUCUUUCCCUUCCUAUGUUGAACUGCCAAGCUGUUAUUUAAUCAUAAUUGAAGACUGCCAUGAGAUGAAGACUUUUUGGUUCAAUGGAACCUUGUACACACCAAAUCUUUGGUCUUUAUUUGUGGAGAAUACCAAAUUUGACAUAGAUGAAGAUGUGAACGAGGCGAUACUACAACACAACAAAUGCUUUGAACGUUGAUUUGAGCAUAUUUAGGUGCUAAAGCGUGAUGUGGGUUUGAAAGGAAAGAUGUUAUUCAAGAAGAGAGCAUUGUAAGAUGUAAAUUGAAAGUCUGAGAACUAGCUUUGGGAAAAGCAAGAUAAAAAGUCUUUCAUAGAAGCAUUUCCUUUGGAGUCUUCAUUCAUACACCCAAAGAAUGCUUUUGUCUCAUCAUACAAAGGCUUUGUUAGAGAAAUUCAAGGGUUUUGUUUAUAGAGAAAUUGUUUCUUCCUACGACUGCAUAGGGGAAAAAGGCAUUGUUAGAGAGAUUUCAAUGACUGCAGUAACUGCAAUAAAAAUGUAAUAUUUAGGACAAAUAUUUUAUGGCUACUUUAUUUUGUUAUGUUGUAUACUACUCACAAUGAUGUUGUUUCCUUUCACUAUGUUCGAUUAUCAAGGACUUCUACACAAUAUGACUGUGUUUUCUUCACAGUAUUUUAAGUACUGCAAAGGAUUCCUUUUAAAGUAUAUAAUGAUUUGAGCUUUUGUUUUGUU